AUGGGCCGCCUCCCCCAUGACGAUCUCCCCGACUCGGCUUCGUCGCACUCGCUACAUUCCAUUGUCGAUUCGGACGACCUCCCCCCUCCUUACUCCGACGAGCCUGAUAUCGUGCAUGUUCCGUCUACCUCACGCUCGGCUGGCGGCCUCCAGCCUCUCCGUCUGAUCGAGGCGGCCUACGCACUCCCUGACGGAGGAGAUGUCAAGCCGCACAGCAAACGCGUUGUCACUCUCUUACCGGCGCUCUCCAGCAAUGCCGACGAGCUCUACCCCAUCAUUCGCAGGCAACUCAGGCUGCCUGUGCGACCGAUCCUAUACGUCAAGGGCACGCAUACCGAGUCCUCGAACCAGGGGAAAGAGAAGAAGAGCAAUACUGUCACGGACUUUGACUUCAAGCUCGACCUGGCAGAGACGAUGUUGACCGGAUGGGAGGAGGGCAGACGGUGGGAUGUGAACUGGUCGCAAAUCGAAGUGAUGCGAGAUGGGGAUGAUAGACUCGCCUACCGAGGUGGCAUGUUCCGCUCCCGCGACUACAAGGCUCCUUCGUCGCGCGGAGCCAUUGCUCUUCCCACUGAUAGCGAGGCCGCUCUUCUUGGACCAGAUGCCGAUGGUGACCUGGACGGGGGCCUCCAGCGAGAGGGGUCAGGCGGUCCAGACAUUGAUGCUGAUCUGCGAUUGUGGUGUGAGCGGUUCUGCCGCGACCCAUCGUCCGUAAAAUCCUUCACACUCCGCCGCCGACUCGCGGGGUUUGACCACACAGCCAUGAACAAUGUUCUGUCGUCGCAUAUUCGCGAACUGAAUUACCGCGGCUCGGUCAACCUCUGCUUCAAGCUGGCCCACUCCUCUGUCACAGUCUAUUCUCCGCACUGGAUCAACCGUCUGAGGCUCAACCGGUUCGUCUGGUGGAUUUGUGUGAUCCUGCAGCUUUGGAUCCUUACGUGGCCUGUCAUUUGGCUGCUUGAGAAGCGCUACGAAGUCGCCUACGCCCAGUGGAAUGCCGCGCUUGACCCGGGCUCCGCGACCGGCCUGGCCAAGUGCUAUGCACGCGGUCGUAAUGAGGCGGCGCUGGGCGAGUUCUGGGCGCCGGCCGUGAAGCAGGCGGCUUGGAGUCGGCACUGUGGGGAAGCCAAUCUUCUCACACGGUUGGAUGCGGAGCGGCUGCAGGGGAUGACGACCGAGCAGAUCGUUAAUUUCCGUACCUCUACCUCGGAUGAAGAAUUGGAUCGCCGUGCGCGCAUAGCACGAGGCGAGGGCGGCUUCGUAGAUAAUGUUGUCGGGCUGGUUCGGGGAAUUGGGGAAGUGGGGGAAGCUUAUAGGUUGUCGGUUGGAUGGGGUGCUAAUACCUGA